AUGGCGGAAGCAAGAAACAAAAGUUUCUGCAGUGUACCGGGCUGUUCUUGCUCUGCCCAAAAACAGCCGUAUCUUUCUUUUCAUUCUGUCCCGGUUGACAGCGAUGUUAGAAGGAAAUGGAGUCAGGCGAUCCGGCGGGAGGAAGGGCCGAAUUUCGUCAUUAAGAAGGGGAGCACGUAUGUCUGUAGCAGACACUUCACGUCUGAGGAUUACAUCUUGGGUUGCAGUGUUAGCCGCUUAAUACCCGGGGCUGUUCCCAGUCUUUUCCCUUGGAACAACUUUACAUCUCAUCUGAAAAGAGAGUCUGUUUAUGAGAGAACCAACAAGCGGCUGUCUAUGCUGUCUUUGAAGGCCCAGAACAACGAAAUAGCGAUGAAGGUGGCGAAACUCGACCACGACUAUGCAACGCCGCCCCCACCAGGUGUUCGUGAUGAGGCAGUGGGUUAUAUCCAGGACUUGGAAGCCAAGCUGAAGGAGCUAGCCUUACCAUCCCCUGCCCUCUUCAGACGAUAUUGUGCGUCCAAUGACCAGAUACGAUUUUACACAAAAUUUCCAUCUGAACGUGUGUUUAAGAUCUUCUGGGAGUCCAUUGCACCAUCUGCUUCUCGAUUGGCCUACUGGAGCAAGGCAAAGAGGAUAGGUCAGUCAGACAUCACACCCAGCCCCUCUCGUAGGAUGCCAUUAAUCGAUGAGUUUCUAAUGUACUCUAUGCGAGUAGCGGUUGGGAUGAAAGAGCAGCUCAUUGCUGACAUGUUUGAGGUCAGUGUAGCCACCGUGAGUCGAGUCACCAUCACUUGGGCCAACUAUCUCUUCCUGAUGCUGGGGUCACUUCCUCUCUGGGUGAGCAUGGACAAGGUGAAGUCUGUCAUGCCAGCAAAAUUUAAGAUGCACUGUUCCAAUGUCCGUGUGAUACUGGACUGCACUGAAAUUGCUGUGGCGACUGCCUCUUCACUAACAUUGCAAUCAGAAAUGUUCUCCCACUACAAAAACAGGACGACCUUGAAGGGACUGAUCGGAGUCGCUCCCAAUGGUUUGGUAACGUUUGUCUUGCCCCUGUACACUGGAAGCAUCUCUGACAAGGAGAUAACAAAGAUCAGUGGAAUCCUUCCCUUACCUGAGCCAGGUAACGAAGUGAUGGCUGACAAAGGCUUUCUCAUUGAAGAUCUACUUUCUAAUGUUGGAGCAAAACUCAUCAUUCCACCCUUCAAGCAUUCAGCUCAAUUUACAAGAGAGGAAACCAAGAAAACACAAGCCAUCGCCCGUCUCAGGAUAGUAGUUGAGAGGGUAAUAGGCAGAGUUAAGUCCAACCACAUCUGGGACUCACCUGCACCACUCACUCUGAUGGGCACUGUCAACCAGAUCUGGCACAACUGUUGUGUUAUGGUUAAUUUUCAAGGACCUUUGUCCUAUGAAGAAUAAGUUGCUGAGAGGAUCAACAGGCCCAGCAACCAACAAAAAUUAUACAUUUGAAUAUAGUUAUGAGCAUUUUUUCAAAGAUGUACAUGUUGUAUAUUUUUAUAUAUAAAUGUUGUGGUUCGGUGUAACAGAAAUGAGCAAUAAUCCAACAGAAAGUAACACUUAAUGUAAUAUAAAUGCAUUUACCUGUAAUUAUUUAAUCAGAAUGUGUGAAAAUAAACCUUCAGAUGAGAUGAUUUGUCAGUAAAUUAAUUGGUGAAUAGGUUGCUGAGAGGAUCAACAGCAAAUGAUAAAUUUGAAUGUGAACAUACUGACUAAGUAGUUUUGAGCAUUUUUUUUUUUCAAAGAUGUACAUGUUGUAUAUUUUUAUAUAUAAAUGUUGUGGUUGAAUGUAACAGAAAUGAAAUCUAACACAAAGUAACCUGUAAUUAUUUCAUCACAACGUGUGAAAUUUUACCUUCCGAUAAGAUGCUUUGUCAAUAAAUUAAUUGGUGCCCAGAUCAGUACUGUUACGCAUGCCAGUUAUGUUACCUCAUAAUAAAUUAUA